CGCUGCCGUUUGAAACGCGUCCACAAAGGAAGUAGUCAGGGAGCUAAAGGCUAGCAAACUGCUCCGUUUGGACGGCGGAGUUUAUGUUGUUUAUGUGGAAAACGGUUAUAAUUCGUUUUAAUUAUAGAAGCAGACGGAGGAACGGUGAAUGCGGCAGAAUGUUGAACAGAUACGGAAGGUGGUUGGUCAGCUGAGAGCGCGCAGAACGUUAGCAUACGCGAGUUAGCUUAGUGUAAUUGGCAACAGAAUUUUUCCAGCGUGAUAGUUUGGAGUUUGGUGAAGUGCAUUUGUUAUGGAGCUAGCUAAAAACGCGAACUAAGCAACCCGUUUGUAGUAAAGUUAGUGUAUAUAGUGUCUGAGCAGACUGUUUUAGCUUAAAUACGACGCUGAGUGAGUUAACUUCAGAAGAAGAGGAAGAAGAAACAGUAUGAAAACCGCAGAGAAGAAUGUGGUGCGUCUUGCAGUUGUGCAGCACCUUCGAUCAGCUUACGGCAUCAAGACGAAGAACUGGAACAAAUGCAAAAGCAGCAAGUCCACACCAGGCAAUGCGACGAAGACCUUUGGGGUGGCUUUAGAAAGUCUGCAACAUUGUCAUGUGCUAGACUAUGGCGACAUACCCUGCUUCCUAGUGGAUGCCUGUUCAUGCCUUUUGGGGCAUUUGGACACAGAGGGUCUUUUUAGAAAAUCAGGUUCUAUAGCUCGAGUGAAGGCGCUUAGGGUGAAGUUGGAUCAGGCAGAAGAGUGCCUGACCACUGCGCUGCCCUCAGAUGUCGCAGCACUAUUAAAGCAAUUCUUUAGGGAACUGCCGGAGCCUCUUCUCGCAACAGACCUACAGAGCAGCUUUCUAAAAGCACAGGAGCUGCCCACUCCAGAGGAGAGGACAUCGGCAACCCUCCUUCUGUCCUGUGUGUUGAUGCAUGAGAAUUUAAACACACUGCGCUACUUCUGUAGCUUUCUGAAAAGGGUUUCUCAGAGAUCUGCUGAAAACAAGAUGGAUAGCAGCAAUCUAUCCAUCGUUUUUGCCCCGAAUUUCUUCCACUGGGGGGAUGGAACGGAGAAGGUGAACUCCAGCACAGAGAAAAGAGUAAAGCUUCAAGCUUCUGUGGUGCAGGCCCUCAUUGAAAAUGCUCAGGAUCUAGGUGUGGUGCCAGAGUUCCUUGUGGCCAAAGUUCCUGCCAUGCUAGGUUGUGAUUCUGGAGUGUUUUCCCCUUCAGAUGCUACAGAGGAGGGAAGCACUCCCUCGGGUGUAAAACGAAGCAGGCGCAGUUUAGGAGAUAUGGUAAAUGGAGCUCUCACUAGGUUAAAAAGUAACAAAACUCCUUCAAAUACACCUCAAUCUGAUGGGACAGUCAUUUCCACUGGUACCCCUGUUAUUGGAACCCCCAAGCGCAAACUGCCUUUAGAGUCAGGACACAGUUAUGGACUCUCCAACAAGAAGCGCAGAUCUAUUAAACACCUUGGGCUGGAACUUCUACCAAAUGUCUUUUUUGGAGGAAGCUCCACACCGGGAUCAGUUCACAGUGCCUCAGGGACCCUGGAUUCAUGUGGCUCACCUUCGGUUAGUAAAAUAAGUCGUCUGACUGCAAGCUCAGCAAGAAGAAAAAGCAAAAGACUAAACCACAGAAACAUUAACAGAGUUGAAUCAGGAAAAGCUGGCUGCUUUUCUCCAAGAGUGGCCAAAAAAGAGUCAACAAGAAAGUCCUUGCGUUUGCGCUUCAGCCUCGGGAAACCAAGCCGAGAUUGUAGUGUCAUUUCAAAUUCUCUACCGGUGCCAAAGGGGUCAGAGGUCAUUGGCUGGCGCCUAGCGACACAAGAGAGCGUCACCGGUUUUCACUUCAAAGACGCUGCAUUUAGUCCAGCUGUACUGACAAAUGGUACUUCACAAGGACCAAAAUACAUCAGUAAAUCCGAAGACAACCUGCUGACCCCUCGUGAGGCAGAAGAGCCUGGGGCAUCCUGGAGUAGAGAGACGCUAGACGGAAUCACGGAACAUUCUUUCUCUGAUACUCCAAUGAAAGCGUACCUCAGCUACCGCUCUGAACCGACAAUAGUAAUCAGCAAACCAGCCGUGAUCAGCACUAUUCCGAAGAGCCUCUGCUGUGCUACUAGUGCUGAGAGCUUAACCAGUUCAGAGUCUUUCCAUGAAGACGGCUCUCAGGCAGGUCCUAAUUGUCUGAAUGUCAGUGUAGCUGUGGAUGAAUGUCACAGUAAGAGAUGUACUACUGACAGAGAGGAACCCAAAGACAAAAAAGAGGGAACUUCUUCUGAAGAAGAUAUUGCUGUUUCUUUACAUUCCUCUUCACUUUUACAGAAUUUAGGGGGAGUAGAGAAAAAUGUUGAAAAGCCACAGGAAAUUUUAAAGGAUGAUAAUCAUAUUAGUUUUGGACAAAUUGAUUUGGGUCCCUUGUCUCUUCUGCAUAUAGAUAGUACUCUGUUUGAAGCUGCAGAGAGUUCAGAUUUGGUCAAAGAUGUCCACAAGUCCUCUGUGUGUGCUGACCCUGAGAGCGGUUUGCUCUGCUCAGCAGCUUCUGCAGACUGCAGCGUGCUGAUUGAUGCUUUAGACAUCCAAAGCCCAGCUGCCUUCCGGAUCAACAGCUCAAUUACAGUUCAGUCGACACCAUUUUCAGGAAAAGAGUUGUUAAAUCCUUUGCAGUCUGAGAAGUUACAAGAGCCGUCGUUUUUGGGAAAGCCUUCCGAGUCUUCAAACAAGCACGGCGCUACAGUUGGUCUCAUCGAACAACAUAAAAUAAGAGUGGCUGACCAUGUCCAGCGUUUCAACAUGCUGGCAAUCAAUUCCCCCAAAGCCAAAGCCCGAUCUCCUUUGAAGUUCCACCGAACACCCGUACGGCAGUCAGUCCGGAGGUUCAACUCUCUGAACCAGAGGAAAGACACCAGGUCUGGGUGGUGUGCUACAAGUCAAGGUUCCUCCAUGGUUAAAGCAGUGAGUUUGGAAAGUGGCUAUUUUGGUGAAGUUCUACAACAGCCUCAACCCAGUGAGGUCUUCUGUUCUCACACUGAUAAUAAUGAAGUCCCUUCUAAGCCGAAGCUACCAGUGUCUCCCCAAAAGACAUUCAACAGUACUGUUUGUGCCUUGGGAGACGUAACUAAUACGGUGGUACCCAAGGCAAAGUGCAGCGCAUCUUUAUCAGCCCCCAAAUGUGCCAAAUCUGAAGUCCUGCUUCAAGCAGCUGAGAAAGGGUACCGAGGUUCACCCAAGAAUCCCCUUACACACGGCAUGCUUCUCUCCGCAAUGAAGCCUAUAGAUUUAUAAAAGUACAGUGCAAGUCAUUUCAGCUUAUUGUUUGGAAAUUUUAUAAUAUUUUCCCCAGGGUUUUUAAUUUAUUUGUUAACUAUUCUUGGUUUAGUGUAGUUGUGGAUCUAAGAUUAUUCCGGCCAAAACAUGAUAAACAUCGAACCUUCAAAAGUUGACUUGUACUUACUUUAUUUCUUUUAUGCAGCAUAAGCCUUAAACCUUUUGCCUUAUAUUAUAUUUUGUAUUUUUCAUCAAUUAUAUUUUAAACUCUGCUGUUUUAAGGGUUUAUUCAGGUACAACAUUGAACAAUUUGAAGUUGAUAUAAUAAAAGAGGAGUUGUUAAAGUAAUAAAAAGCUUAUUUCCUGUAGCUGAAGCAAGUGAAAGAUUGAAUAUAGGAUGUAAAAGUGUAAAAAAAAAAAAAAUACAAAAAAGGUUUGUGAUUGUGGACGUCUGUGAGACCUUGGUGGAAGGAUUUUAGAUUGCAGUUCUGUUUGUUUUAUUUAUUUACUUUGCAUUCCAAAAAUUAAUGGUUAAAGUUUUAAGCAGUGAUGUUGAUGAGAGUGAAAAUACUGUUGUGGGUCAAGAAAGCUUUGUAUGAAUGGAACAGUAUUACAGAAUAAUUUUGUAAGAAAUAUCUAAUUAAUAUCUGAACUGUCAUUAAUCUGUGUACAAUGCUCUUUUUGUGAAUUAAUUAUUUUUUUCAAUGAGCAUAAAAUUCAACUACACACCCA